CGGACAGCCGCGCACAGGAGGCACCUCCCUUCCCUGCGCUGCUUGUUCCUACUGCGCCCGGCGCUCCGGCAAGGCAGGCAGGCAGGCAGGCAGCGCAAUGGAGGGAAGCUGGAGCCGCGCAAUCCAAGGGCUGACUGAACUGAGCGGCUUCCGCGGGUUGAGCCCCAGAGAAGAGAAUAGUCCGGAGGCAGCUCCUGCCGACUCUUUGCUACCAGCAGAGAGAGAAUUUCAGCAUGCUGCUAAAACUAAUAAUCUGGACACUAUGGAAAGACUGUUUAGGAAAAAGGUCAAUAUUAACGCUGCAAAUGAUCUGAAUCGCACAGCACUCCAUUUUGCUGUUGCUGGAAAUCACCUCUCUUCAGUGGACUUCCUUCUUCAUCACAAAGCUACAGUCGAUAUAGCUGACAAGCAUGGACUUACUGCGGUUCAUCUUGCUGCUUGGUCUGGAAAUCUGGACACCAUGCUGAUGUUAAUUAAAGCAGGUGCCAAUCAGAAAGCUAAGAAUCAGGAAGGAAGAAAUGUCCUACACUUUGCAGCUCAGAACAAUAAUGUUAGAAUAGUGGACUAUUUUAUCCAAGAUCUUCAUUUGAUGGAUCUUAAUCAACCUGACAAGAAAGGUAGAAAGCCAUUCCUUCUGGCAGCUGAAAUGGGCCAUGUGGAAAUGAUAAAUGAGUUGAUUUUCCUUAACUUAUUCACUUCAGAAAAGGACAAUCAAGGAAACACAGCCUUGCAUCUAGCUGCUAAAAAUGGCCACAGCGAAGUGGUGGAAAUUCUUCUUCAACAGUGGGAAGAAAUUAACGAGUUCAAUCAGAAUGAAGAAACACCAUUUUUUCUGGCUGUUGAAGGAGGCCACGAAAAGUGUGCGGAACUGUUGCUGGAAGCAGGAAGUGAUAUCAACACCUCAAACAAAGAUAAUAUCAGUGCACUGCAUAUUUCAACUGAGAAUGGACAUACAUCCAUGGUCACAUUUCUUAUCAAUAAAAAUAUAUAUCUUGAUCAUAAACCUGAGCAAAAGCAUUCUGUUCUCCAUUUAGCAGUCACAAAAAAUAACCUGGCAGUGGUAAACAGCUUAAUAGAUUCUAAGCAUGACAUAAAUGCUCUUAAUCAGAGACAUCAAACACCUUUACACCUGGCAGCAGACCUUGGAAAUGUAGAAGUAACAGAAAUGCUGUUGAAGGCAGGCUGUGAUCUCAACCUUGUGGAUCAACAAGGAAAAACUGCACUAGCUGUGGCUUCCAGGAGCAAUCAUGCCUUGAUUGUGGAUAUGAUCAUAAAAGCUGAGAGGUAUUUCAAGUGGAAACAGGAAUAUCUCCAAAGGGGUGGUGAUCUGCCCCAUGAAAUCUUAUCUUUUAAACAAGAUCACAGAACGGAGACCAAACAGAUCCGUUCCUCCCUCUGGAAUCUGUCUUACAAACUGUUAAAAAUAGAGGAAUGGAAAAAACUUGCGCAGUUCUGGCAAUUUAAUGAUGACCAAAUCAAAGCUAUCGAAGAACAGUGGACAGGGAAAAAGAGCUACCAGGAACAUGGGCAUAGAAUGUUUCUGAUCUGGUUACAUGGCAUCCAAAUGGCUGGUCAAAAUCCAGUUAAACAUUUAUAUGAAGAUCUGAGGACAGGAGGUUUCCAACAACUAGCUGAUAAGAUCCGAGCAGAGAAUGAUGCUGGCAUAGAAUCCAAGAAAUGUGUAAUCUUAUAAACUCAUCCACAAAGCAAACUUGAAGCAAUAAUUUUUAUUUGCUGCAAGCAACCUGCACUCCUUCUGUACUUAAACUGGUAUAAGAUAAAUUUUGUAAUUCAAACACUUUUCUUCCAAUCUACUGAACCUUAAUGUAUGUAUGUAUUUGUGAUAAAAACAAUUCAUAUUUCACUGAGGCCCGAUUGUUUUAGGUCAGAUAAAUGUAGAAUGUUCUCUUCCCUCACUAAAUUUAUCUGAUGAGAAACUACCUCAUGUUGAACAUGUUAAUUACAUUAUAUUCUUAGUGUUAAAUAUGGAACAAAUACUUGGCAAGUUUCAGCUAAAAUUUGUGGAUCGCAAGUAUCACCUUUUAAUUAGGUGGGCAACCACAUGAAGCUGUUUGAGAUUUGGCUAAUAUUUAGUGCUAUAAGAAACAAAAAUUAUUAUAAUUUCUUGCAUACGCAGAGUUUGUUCCUGUAUACAUAUUUUUAAAUGCAGAAAUUCCUCUCCUAAAUACACUGUGUAUAUGAGAAAACAUACCCUUAAACCAUCCUUAUUGCCAAUAUAAAUAAAAUGUUU